UCUAUUUCAGAAGAAUAACAAAAACCUAUAUCGCAUAUCACUGUACGACAUCACGAUCGAGAUACGUCUUCGAGCUGCUAGGACGAAAUAAAGAGAUGCGUUUAAUACCAUUUAUUGAUGAUAAUGGACUCCUCGAACAUGGCGGCCUAUUUGAACUCGAUUCAAAAAUAAAACUAAACAAUCACAACUGUCUGACAUAUUACGUCAACUGGAUUCAACUUAAAAACACGAAAUAACGUCACACUAGUCCAGUUACAAUGGAGUCGGUGCAUAUAAUUGUAAGUUUCAGUGCCCUAUGGACAGCUUGUCUCGCUUUGGAUAUGAAGUUUCCCGUUGGUUUCAAAUUUGGUGCGGCUACGUCUGCUUACCAGAUAGAGGGUGCUUGGAAUGCCAGUGAUAAAGGUAGAAGCAUAUGGGAUAGUGUGGUACAUAACAACCCGAAUAUUAUCGAGGAUGGUACCACUGGUGACGUGGCUUGCGAUUCCUACCAUCUGUGGAGAGAAGACGUCCAUAUUGCUCAUGAUUUGGGGCUACAUUUCUAUCGAUUCUCAAUAUCGUGGACUAGAAUUUUACCCACGGGAUUUCCAAACAGGAUAAGCAAAGAUGGCGUGAGGUAUUAUAACAAACUAAUCAAUGAACUGUUAAAGAAGGGAAUCGAACCCGUCGUCACCCUUUACCACUUCGACCUACCACUGAACAUACAGAAUCUUGGUGGUUGGACGAACCCCUUAAUCGUGGACUGGUUCGCGGAUUAUGCGCGAACUGUAUUCUCAAUGUACGCGGAUAGAGUAAAAACAUGGAUCACAAUAAACGAACCGCUUAUAAUAUGCGACUUAAACUACAACAUGGGGAAAUUUGUACCGCUGAUCAGUGAAGAACUUCUCGGCCCGUUUAUAUGCAACAAGAACGUACUGAUGGCCCAUGCGAAGGCUUGGAGGAUAUAUGACGAGAACUACAAGGAGAAAUAUCAAGGUAAAGUAUCAAUAGCGAACAACCCAAUAUGGUUAGAAGCUCAGUCAGAAAAGGAUGAAGAACUGUCGGAGAGAGCGAGAGAAUUCGGAGUUGGACGAUACUCGGAUCCAAUAUAUUCCAAAGAAGGUGGUUGGCCGCAAUCUAUUGAGAAAAUAAUGGCGGAAUAUAGUCGGAAACAGGGAUUCCCCUAUUCAAGACUACCGUCAUUCACCGAUGAAGAAAAGAAAUUAGUUCAAGGUACAUACGACUUCUUCAGCCUCAAUUUCUACACAAGUCGACUAGUGAGAUCAGCCCGUGAGAACGAAGACCCAGGUCUUUGGUACUUGUCUGGUUCGAAGGAGUUGAAUCUUGUAUUAGAGAAGGAUCCCCACUGGCCUAAAACUGACUUUGCAUAUAUAGUGGUACAACCGGAAGGUAUUCGUCGUCAGAUCGCCUGGAUCAAUAAGAGGUAUAACAACGUCAGUAUUCUAAUUACUGAAAACGGUUUGGGUACCCGCAGCAGUGACCACUACGACACAGCCCGCCUUCGCUAUAUACGGGAUCACUUAAAACAGAUUCUUCUUGCUAUAAAGGAAGACGGCGCGAAUGUCGUCGGGUACACAGUAUGGUCUCUCUUGGACAAUUUCGAAUGGAUGUUCGGACAUACAAUGAAAUUCGGCCUCUACAGUGUAGACUUCGCGGACCCAUUGCGCACGCGCACACCGCGCGCCUCCGCCCACUUCUACAAGAGUGUCAUAAAGCAUCACUCGAUAGAUGUCCCGCAUGCGUCUCACCACUGGAAGGAAUACCAUAAAACUCAUAAUAAUGGAAAAACUAUCAAAUAUUCGUUAUGUUUUUUAUUUAUUGUCAUUAUAUUAGAACAAAUUGUGUAUAAAUUAUUAUUAUACGAGACAGAUAAUUGAUAACCAGCUAAAGCUGCUAACUAAACAGAAAGCGUUAUAUACUAAAGAUAUAUUUGGUUAACAGUAUAUAAAAGUUGUGUUCCUUGGAUAUAUAAUUAUAUAAUAUUAA